AUGUUUAGAAGAUUUUUGAAUAUAGCUACUCUCCCUUUAAUCAAAUAUAAGAAACCUAUAUUAGCUGCCAGUUUUAUUAGUUUAACAUCGUUCUAUUGCAUUGAAGACAAAAAUAUAUUAGAAGCAAGGAAAAAAAUAGAAUAAGACAUUUUAAAGAUGAAAUCUUAAUUUGGAUCUGAAGCAGAUAAUUAUCCAGAAGUAAAGUAAUUAUAUAGUACUAUUAAGUAAAUAGGUAUGGAACUAAGGGAAAUAGAUAUUCAAUCACAUUCAUAGCAGAUUAAAGAAAAUGUGAUAUAUUUGCACUAUUAGUCAAUAUAUUGAGUUAAUUAUAAAAGUUAGAUGGUAGCUUUAAAAUAAAAGAAGUUCAUUCUACAUUUGAGAAUUAAAUAUAUAGUUUGUAAAUAGAUUUUGAAGAAAGUGUAGGAAAUCCAAAGAGUAAAAUAAAAACUUAAGGAACAAUCUAUAUUUAUGGAGAAAUGACAAAUGAAAAACCAUCAAUUUAAAUAAUAUUAGAAAAAACAGAUCAAUUUUCAAACACAGAUUUAGAAGCAUUUAUGGCUUGUUAUAUAGAAGCAAAUCGACCAAGGUCUAUGGUUCAUCCUAAAAAUUUUUAAAGCAAUCAAUAAAUUCAAGAAGAAAUUAAACAUCAGCAAGAAAUAAAGACUGAAAAAACAUUAUAAGAAUUAGAGAAGACAGGUGUAACUAUAUUUUUACCUGAUAGUAAGGAGAAGAAUUUAGAUUGGAAUUAUUUAGCAGGAUAUGAAAAGUAAAAAAGGGAUAUUGAAGAUACAGUAUUACUGGCUUUAUAAUAUCCAGAAAUCUAUGAAUCUCUUACAGCCUUAACAAGAGUUAAAAAUGAACCAAAUAGACCUAAAGCUAUAUUAUUUGAAGGUCCACCAGGAACAGGUAAAACAACAACAGCAAGAAUUAUGGCUUAAUAAGUUUAAAUACCAUUGGUUUAUUUACCUAUAGAGAGUUUUAUGUCUAAAUGGUAUGGAGAAAGUGAGAGACAAUUUGCAGAUAUUUGGAAGAGUUGUUAAAAAUUAGGAAGAGUGAUAAUUUUUAUUGAUGAAAUAGAUGCUAUUGCAUAAUAAAGAGGAGGAGAAAUGCAUGAAGUAUCAAGAAGAAUUUUAUCUACUCUUUUAAGAAAGAUUGAUUCAUUUGAAAGUAAUACAAAUGUACUAUUGAUAUGUGCAACCAAUAGAAAAUAAGAUCUUGAUGCUGCUAUGUUAAGUAGAAUAGAUUUAUCUGUUAAAUUUGAUUUACCAGAUCAUUAGGCAAGAUAAGAAAUAUUUUAAAGAUAUGCUAAACAUCUUACUGAUAAAGAAAGAGAUAUACUUAGUCAAUUAAGUAAUGGAAUGAGUGGAAGAAAUAUAUCAGAUAUAUGUAAAGAUGCUGAAAGAAGAUGGGCAGCAAAGUUAAUAAGAAAAGAAGUUACUGAGUAAUUACCAUCAUUGGCAUAAUAUAAAGAGACUUUAACUUAAAGACUAAAUAACUUUGCUUGA